UAUGCAAUGGAAAAAAACUGUAAGAAGGAAGCGCCAUGUAAGGUUUGAACUGGAAUAUUCUGGAUGAUUAUUAAGCAUCCAUCCCUCGGAUCUUGGUCAAAAUCCUCCCUGGUCACAUGACUCCAGGAUGAGCCAGAUUAAGCUCUGCUCUCUGUUUGCCAGCAGUCCACUUGCAGCGGAAACAGGCGAACAUCGUCCCAACACAGACGCUGGAUGUGGCGCUCCUAGCACCGAGGACGAGAACUAUAGCACCACAUUUAGGACAUUUUAGCCGUGAUUAAUUCAUUCUCGGCAGCAUUCAUGAACUAGCGUGACAUUUGUAAUAGGAGGAAUCAUGAUUUCGCCGUGGGACCGGUGGUACUCGACGAGCUGCUGCCUGUGCUGCCAUGUACGGACGGGCACCAUCAUUCUGGGAAUAUGGUAUAUGCUCAUCAAUGCCGUGGUCCUACUCAUCUUGUUGUCAGCCCUCAAUGACCCAGUUCAAUACCGCUACCACCUUACCAGCUCUGAGCUGGGAACUGACAUUGAUGUCAUGGACGAUGCAAAUAUCUGCAUAGCCACGGCAAUAUCCCUGCUCAUGAUUCUCAUCUGUGGCAUGGCGACGUACGGUGCUUACAAGCAACACGCUGCUUGGAUCAUUCCAUUCUUUUGCUACCAAAUCUUCGACUUUGCCCUUAACACACUUGUAGCCAUUAGUGUGGUGGUUUAUCCCAACACGGUGCAGGACUACCUCCAGCAGCUGCCGGGGACAUUCCCUUACAAAGAGGACAUCAUGUCCACCAACAACAUGUGCCUAGUCUUUGCAGUCCUCCUCUUCAUCGGCUGCAUCCUCUCCUUCAAGGCCUACCUGAUUGGCUGUGUGUGGAACUGCUACAGAUACGUGAGCGGCAGGGGCACCACGGAGGUUCUGGUUUAUGUCACCACCAACGACACCACGGUCCUGCUGCCACCGUACGAGGAGGCCAUUGCUAUUCCACCCAAGGAGCCCCCUCCCCAGUAUAUGGAGGCAUGAGAGAAAUCCUUGCUGGUGGACCCUUCAAAGCAAACAGCUCCCAACACUAUCCCCAUCUCCCUCUGUAGGACCCUAACGCUGGCUGGAACAUGUUGAAAAACAAGACCAAACAAAGUCUUAAUGGCUGGUUUUUGCUUGGAUUCUUGCCAACAGUAGAUUAGAUUAAGAGGACCCUGAGCCAGUAUUGCCAUCAUCCACCCCCCACCACCACCGAAACACCACCCUUGGUUGUUGUGACGUAUAUCCCCCCUGUUCUAUCGUCUCGUCUGUCCUCCUCCAAGGACAGAAUUGCAGCAACUUUAACCACUCCCAUCCGCCACCAACCCUCCCUCUUGGCAGCUGCUGUGUCCCCUGGCAGCGUCUGAACUCUUGCACGCCCUGAACACUCUGUCCCAACUUAAUUUGCACUUUUCUUUGAGUGAAACGUGCACUGGUUUGGCCACCAACUGUUAACCCCCUGAUACUGUGAAUCUCCCUCCUGGUCUUUGUCUAGAAACAAACUACCUGAAGAGAGAGAGAGUGACAGAGUGAGAAGGAAAGCGACAUACAUGAUCAGUUAUGCAAGAGCACUUUUUUUCAGAAAAUGACAAAUUCCUUCAUUGAAUGUAAUGUCGAGGUAUUUUUGUAUGACUUUUUUGUAUAACAGUGAAAACAGAGAGAAAAAGAAAUGAGCAGAGGAAGGCUGUCCUGUCAUGAUGAAACAUCAUCUGUGUGUCCGUGUAUCUUUGUCCUGCAGGAAAUCGUAUUGUAACAGGUUCCUUGACCAAUAACAACUACUGUACAUCUCCCUUUUGUAUCCUUGUGCACACUGUCUGAAACCUGUAACCCUCUGACUGCCAGCGGAAACCUUGUGCUCCCAUUGACUUCUAUCAAAAUACUCCAGUUUGCCUUCCUGUCUGUUCCCAUAUCUCAAAUAUUAGGACUGGCAUCAUUGUAAUCCUCGGGUGAGGCAGUUAUCAUAAACACUUCAUCUAUUAUCACUCUUCAGAUUCACUUAAAGGAUCAAAACUGUAAAAUCUUACAUGUGUAAACAUUUCUGAGUGGAAAUAUUUCAGUUAAGACGUCUGUCUUGUGUUCCUGUAAGAUUGCGACACCAUCGAUGGUGUCUUUAUUGUGUUAUUCUUUUCUUCUUUUUUUUACAUGGCUCAUGAUGUAAAAUCUGAUCUUUUUAGUUGAGCUAACUUAGCUGGACUGAGGGCAUUUUCCUAUAAAGACGGUGUGACAUGCUGCUGUUAUUGCAGAGACUGUCUAAACGCGUGUGUGUGUGAAAAUGUGAGCGUGCGAACGUGGCCUGUGUGUUGUGACAUAACCCCGGGUCCUUUAAAUGUAUAAAAAAUUAUUUUGCACAUACAGUGAUAUCAUGUGGAGGUACUUCCUGUGUUGGUGAUCUUUUUGAAAUGUACAAUGGAUGGGAUUCUAAAGCAUUGAUUUAGCUUAGCAUAGUAGCACAAAAUCAAUAUACAUACAGCUAGAGAAGCUAGAUGAAGCUUGUCAUUUGUCCUUUCUGCCUAUAACCAUUCAGGCGAUGAGUAAAGACAUAUUAAUGGAACAAACAGUAUUAGAUCAACUUAUCCCUCCUCCCAGUUUUUCCAAUAAUUCCUAUGUAGUGUUUGAUAUCAACAGGAAAGCGUCAUUUUGUCACUCGGACUAUGCAACAGUGCAGAACAACUUGUUAGAGCUAGAAAUACUUGUACGAUGAAGUAGUACUCCAUUUGAUACUAAUGCUUUAGUUGGUAAUGUAGCCAUUUGUUGGCCCCUCCAUCAUUGUCCCUGUGUGAAUUAUGACCAUCGCUUCUGCAAAUCCAACAAAGCUGAAUAAUGAAAAUGCACUUUAAAUAAGAACUGAUGUGUCCGUGUUGUAGAGGUGUGUUUGUAGCUAAGCAGUUCUAAUAAGAGCAGCAGCAGCCCUCCUCUGAAUGAUAGAAGCUCGUGAAACAAAUCAAUAUUUGUUCUGUGUGAUGUGACCGUGAAGCUGACAGAUUGUUACCUGACUGUGAAGAAGGGAAUGUGAGCUGAGUCGUGCAGGAGUGCAGGGGGAAAGACUCGCUGAGUGAUCUGGACCAGAGGACGGCUGAUGCCUCGUUUCAUUAGAAUCACUUCCAGGCUGCUCUCUAUCGCUUUCCAUUCACACACAUCCUCUUGUUGGAUCUGCAUGAGCUCAUGUCUAUAAUUCUGAACAAUAAAAAGCUAAAUCAAA